AUGAAACUAUAUGUCAAAACAUCUGGUAGAGAAUUGGCACUAUUAUCGAACGGUUAUGUACUAGUAUUUAAAACCGCCAACACAAAAAAUACUGGGAGAAACAGCAGUAAAAAGUCCAGCAAUUUACCCCAACAGCAAAAAACGGUCAUUGUUGAAUCUCUACCCAUAAAUGAGUUAAAAGAAAAAGGUUUUACAGAAAUUGUACAUAUGGUCUUUGAAGGUUUUUUGGGUUUACUAUGCGUAAAAGAUAAUAUCUAUUUAUGUCUAAUAAGGACAAUACAGGAAACAGCACAUCCCAGAUGGAAGUUAAACCCUGAGACAAAUAUUGUGGAACCCAUAGAACGAGUCAACCAAAUUUUAAGUGUAGAUUUUUUCUGUUUGACAACGAGUUUGUACGAUUAUGUGAUGUAUCCAAAUAUCGAGCAGCAUAGCGAAAAACUAUAUGCCGACCAUCCAUGUCAUUCUUUAAGAAAGUUGCUUUGUGAUGGGUCUUUUUAUUAUUCUCGUGACUUUGAUCUAACAAAUACUUUGCAAGAAAGAGGAUUAAUAAGCAACAUGGACUACAUUGUGGAAAAAUUUGAGGAAAGAUAUGUUUGGAAUAUUAAUAUGAUUUCAGAAAUGAUACAAUUUAGAUCCAGGGUAACACCAAACGAAAAAGAGUUUUUGGACAAGGGUAAAUUUAUAACAUUUGUCAUUAGAGGAUUUUGUAAAACAAAGCUGAGUGAGAUUUCAGUGGAUCCUGUUUGUGUAACGAUUAUAAGUAAACUAUCUACUGAAAAUAGGAGAAAUUUAUUUGGACUAAGUGGUAUAGAUCCGGGUGGUAAUGUGUCGAAUUUUGCAGAAACGGAAGUUAUAGUAUCCACGGAAGCUUACACAUUUGCAUACACGAUGAACAGUGGCAAUGUUCCCCUAUCAUGGGAUGUAUCAGAGGGUCAGAUCUUGCAUAACAAAAAGAUCAAGCUAAAUAAAUCGCCAGAAUACACUCAAUCUGCAUUCGACAAGCAUUUUGAUAGAUUAAUGUCCAAAUACGGUGUUGUUAGUGUUGUAAAUUUAGUCAAGCCCAAGAGUGACUCACAAGAUAUUUUAGGCCAUGCAUAUAAGGAAUGUGCGGAUCAUAAGGGACUAAGAUUCACAAACGUGGAGUACUCAUCGGAUAUCUUAACUAAAUUUACUCAUAAACUACUUUAUUAUUUAAAACAGGACAUCUAUGAGUUCGGUGCCCUAGUAUACGAUGUUAAUAGAGGGAUAUACAUAGGUAAGCAAACGGGUGUUAUUCGUAUCAGUGCGUUUAAUUCAAUUAAAAGACCAUGUUUGGUUGAAAAGUGUGUCAGUGAAGAAGUUAUUGAAUUGGCGUUCAACGAGGUUGACGAUGCAGAAUUGCCAAAUGACUUCCAUACCAUGUAUGAAAGAUUGUGGAAGGAGGCAAUUUAUUUCUUGAACCAAAUAUAUAACCAGAGUGUGAAAAACUCGUCCAAAUAUCAAAGGCUGUACCACAGGUUGCUCAGUUCCACCUACAAAAUUACACUAUACGAUCCGUUGCAUACUUAUAUUCUCAAUUAUUUAAAAACAAGAAAAGAGGAAUUUCUUUACAAUAAGGAAAUUCGGAUAUUUGCGGGCACUUUUAAUGUUGGUGGAAGAAUAUACAAGGGAGACUUGGACGAGUGGCUUUUCCCUAACAUCACAACUGCUGAUGAGAUGUCUGAUAUUUAUGCUAUUGGUUUCGAGGAAGUUGUGGAGUUAUCUCCUGGUCAAAUGCUAAUUACGGAUCCAUUUGUUAAACCGUUUUGGGAAAAAGAUAUUUUGAAACAUUUGAACAGUAGAAACUGUUCUGAUAGCAACAAAUAUAUCUCUCUUUGGAGUGGCCAACUGGGUGGUGUUUUAUUAAUGGUUUUCAUCAGAGAAGAUGAAUCCAUGAACGUGAGACACAUCGAAGGCGAUGUAAAGAAAACUGGGUUUGGCGGUAUGUCAGCCAAUAAGGGGGCUGUAGCUGUUAGUUUUUCUUAUUCAACAACAAAAUUUUGUUUUAUUGUUGCCCAUUUGGCAGCAGGCUUGGAUAAUGUUGAGCAAAGACACAAUGAUUAUAAAACAAUCAACAAGAACAUAAGGUUUGCUAGGGGUAUUACAAUUAAAGACCAUGAUGCCAUUAUAUGGAUGGGUGAUUUUAACUACAGAAUUUCCAUGAGUAACGAGAGUACUAGAAAAUUGGUCAGUGAGGGCAAAUACAGCGUUUUAUUUGAAAAGGAUCAACUAAAUCAACAAAUGAUUGCAGGCGAGUCAUUCCCCUAUUUCAAUGAAAUGGAAAUACGGUUCCCACCUACCUACAAGUUUGAUCCAGGCACUUCUAAUUACGAUACCAGUGAAAAAAAUAGAAUUCCAGCAUGGACUGAUCGUGUUUUGAGCCGGGGCGAUAUUCUACAGCAAAACUCCUACGGUUGUGCCGAAAAUAUUAUGUUUUCAGACCACAGACCUGUUUAUUCAACAUUUACCUCCAAAGUUGUUAUUGUAAAUGAGGCAUUAAAGACCAAACUAGCCGACGAAAUUUAUAGUAAAUUACAGGUGGAAUUAAUCAAUUUAAGCAUUGAUGAAAAAUGGGCUCUCUUGCAAAAUGCAGAAAAUACAGAAACUUUGAUUAAUAAUGAACAUAAUAAUUUGUAUUUAAACGAUGAUGGGGGUAAUUCAACUGAUAAUUUUAUGGCCUCUUCAUAUUCUUUAAACGAAAUGUUAGCUGCUGGUGGUGGUGGUGGUGGUGGUGGUGGCGGCGGCGGCGGUGUCAAUGUUAUAAGCAAUGGCACCAAUAAUAAAAAGUCCUCCAACACCACAAAUAUUGCACCUGGUGUCGGCGCCAAUAUGUCCACUUCGACGAGUAUUGGUACUAAGAAAGGUAGUAAAAAAUUACCACCCCCCAGUACAGAUACUUGGAAAUGGUGGAUGGGUAAUGGAAAACAAUCAAGCAUCAUGUUUGAUGUGGAUUCUAAUAAAUAUAUGAUUAACCCCAAGAGAGGUAUCAACCCUUUCGAUCCAGAGGACGAUAAUGAUCCUUUUUUUGUUUCAAGAAUUGAUGCUAUGAAACCAGGCGAAUAUGGUAAGGAUGAAGUAUACUCCAAUGGUAAACAUGUUUCCAUGCUUAAUAAUGGAGGUACUGCUAAAGAACAUGCAGAAAUAGGUUGUAGUGGUGAUAAUGACGAAGAAGGCAACAAGGACAACGAGAACGGUGGUGGUGAUGGUGUAGAAAACUUAACUAAAAAUAUAGUUAAUAAUGUUAGAACUGAAGCUAGUAUUGACGAAACAAAUAGCGGGAAGGAUAGAAGCACGCAAAACACGAAUUGCAAUGCUAAUCAACAUGAAGAUGCAUUAACUCAAAUAUGUAAUAAUAAUAAUACUAAUAAUACUAAUAAUACCAAUAAUAAUAUUGGUACUCAUACUUUAGAUCCAUAUAAAAGUCAGAACACUUUUCUAAUUAGAUAG